UGGUUUGUAUUUUAAAACUCAACUUUGUAUCUCAUGAUAAUUCCACAUACUGGCUGUAUUUAUUUUAUCUGCUCAUUCUAUGUGAGCAAAAAGACUCACUAGGGGACCUUUAGAUGGGAUCUGGUUACCAAAACCUGGAGUUUUAAGAGGAAAUCGGCCUGAUUGGUGAGCUAUGCUGUGAGCAAUCAGCUCAAGUGUCGUCACCUGGGAUAAACGAGCCAGUUUAAGUUAAAACUAAACUAUUGUGACUGGAAAAGUGUGUUUUAGCCGUACGAGGACUGGAUGGCUUCCUGGUUUGGCCAGCGGAGGUUUGAGGAGAACCCGGACACAGACAUGUUCGGGGAUCUAAACCCACUGAAGAAGCCCAGCCAGAGCUCCUGCCUCACCACCCUGCUGCACGCCCUGAGGUCCCUGCUGGUGGGUGGAGGCCCGGACGAGGCCCAACAUCUGGACGGGGCCCAGCAGCUGGACGGGGCCCAACAUCUGGACGGGGCCCAACAUCUGGACCGCGGCCCACAGCUGGACCGGGGGGAGGCGGCCCUGGGGGAGCACGUGACCGGAGGGGUGGUCCACAGCUGGAGGCGGGACAGCAUCCAGUCCCCCGUCCUGCCCGAGCUCUCGGACUCCUACUUUCUGGAGGAGUGGGAGCGUCUCCAGACGAACUGCGCGGAGCUGGAUCGCCAGAGGAGGACUUUUGAAAGAGAGCGGCAGGCGUUUACAGACGCCGCCAUCCGACUGAGUCACGAGCGGCGGGACUGGGAGCAGCAGAAGGCGUCUCUGGUGAGGCUGCAGUACCUCCGCGACUCCCCCAGUUUCCGGCUAAAGAACCGGGCUAGCCCUCAUCUGGGUCCUGCCGACGUUUCCGGAUGUCUGCCCAUCACUCCGUCGUCCUCCGGGUCGGGAAGGGCCGCCACCCCCAGCACCCCGGAGCUGUACUCCGCCCUCAGCCUAUCCACGUCCAGAGACGCAGACCCUCCUCUGAACACCUGGGAUGGAGGCGUGCGCACGAGAGCGUGCACACCGUGGGCUCGACAUUUGGACUGCUCAUUUGAACAGUAUUAGUGGAAAAAUGUAACUUGUUCCCCCAUUUUUUUAACAUAAUAAAGACUGGUUUAUGCUCCGUGGAGGUCUCCAAACACUCUGUCUGGAUCUUUAAUUAUCGUAAACGUUGUGUCUAACUUUGUAAGUUGCUUUGGGUAAAAGCUUCUUGUCACGUCUCGGGGAAUGUCUGGUGUCUCGUC